UUCGGCAGCAGGGCAAUUCGGUGACCUGUGUCCGUGUGGCGUGCUUGCUUCUUGAUCAGGCGUCGGCAGCAUGAAGCACAGAUCGUCGAGGACCCGGUGCGCGCCGCCGCCGGUGGGAGUGCCAGCGCGCGGCUGGGGAGGGAGGACGCUGCUGGUGGCGGUUCGGAGGGACGCGGCCGGGAGGGAGCUGCUCACCUGGGCGCUGGCCAAGGCCGCCGCCGCCGGCGACCGCGUUGUCGCCCUCCACGUCACGACCGCCGGAGCCGCCGACGGGUUCGGGCCGGAUGAGAGGAGCAGAGCCGCCGAUUCGCUGGCCUCCGUGCUCGGCGCGUACGACGGCUUCUGCAAUCUCAACGAGAUCAGCCUGGAGCUCAGGGUCUGCCAUGGAUCAUCCGUCAAGAGGGCUUUGGUAAACGAGGCCGUCUCCUACGGCGCCGCGCAACUCAUCCUCGGGAUCACCAAGAACUCUAGGCAUCUCGGAUUGUCUGCCACCGUUGUGGCCAAGUACUGCGCCAAGAGGAUCCCGCAGAGCUGCACGGUUCUUGCGGUCAGCAAUGGCGCCGUUGUGUACCAUGGGAACGCAAUACAGGAGGAGAUCAACCACUGCUGCACUACAAUGUCACCCCGAAGAAACUAUUCUCUGGUGGCGGAGACACCACGAAGAAUCUACCGGAAGAUACUCGACGCAGCGGCGACGAUUGGGGAGAAAACUAAGGAUGACUCAUCCAUCGGCCAUCGCCGGUCCUUGCAGCGGAACAUGUCAAUGUCGAUGAGCGCCCCCGUCUCGCCAAAGGUAGCGGCAGCACCACCAACUCCGGUGACAUGUCACAGGCGGGAACUGCCGGAGGUGGCUGCCGGGUGGCCAUUGCGAAGGAAGGACAUCAUGCCUGCCUCGCCGGAGUGUUCGGAGAUGUCUGUGGUUGAGUGGGCAAUGCGGCUUCCAAGCCGGUGCUCACUGCUAUCGCCAGCCAGUUCAGUCAAAACUUCCGAUUACCAGGCGACCUCUCAAUCAAAAAGCGAUUUGACAGAGCCGCCGUAUCCGGUGACCGAGGAAGCAGCGGAGCUGGUCUCGAUCAGAGACAAGUACUCGUCAAUGUAUACCAUGUUCAGUUACGGUGAUCUUGCGAGGAUCACCUCUGACUUCUCCCCAGAGCGGGUAGUGGGGAAAGGUGGUGCGAGCCAUGUUUACAAUGGCCGUGGCGAAGACGGCAAGGAGCUGGCGGUGAAGGUCUUGAAAUCUUCAGCGGAGGUGAUGAAGGAGUUCUCCGCGGAGAUCGGCAUCAUCAGCUCCGUCCACCACAAGAACGCCAUGGCCCUCGUCGGGUUCUGCGCCGAGCGCGGCAAGCUCAUGCUGGUCUACGACUACAUGCGCAGAGGCAGCCUGGAGGAGAUCUUGCACGGUGAGAAAGAAUGCAAGGGCUCAAGGUUAGAUUGGCCGGAGAGAUUCAAGGUGGCCGUGGGAAUCGCGCGCGCCCUCAAUUAUCUCCACGGCGGCGGCCACACCAAGCGUCCGGUGGUUCACAGGGACGUCAAGUCCUCCAACAUCCUCAUCUCCCAAGAUUGCGAACCCAAGCUGUGCGACUUCGGCCUCGCGCUGUGGGCGGCGGACGCGGCGGCGCAGGUCACCGGCGACGACUUAGCCGGCACCUUCGGGUACUUGGCCCCUGAGUACUUCAUGCACGGCAAGGUCAGCGACAAGAUGGAUGUGUACGCUUUCGGGGUGGUCCUUCUGGAGCUCGUCUCCGGGAGGAAGCCGGUGAGCUCCGGUGGCCCCAAGGGCCAGGAGAGCAUAGUGAUGUGGGCGAAUUCCGCCGUGCAAGGUGGCAAGCUGACAGAGCUCGUCGAUCCGAGCCUUCCGACGGACGGCGACAACGCCGGCGAGAUGGAGAGAAUGGCCCUCGCGGCUGCACUCUGCAUCCGUCGAGCACCGCAAGGCCGGCCUAGCAUGGCAAACGUCCUGAAGCUGCUCGACGGCGACAGCGACGCCGUCCAGUGGGCGAGGUCGCAGCUAGGCGUGCCCAACGCCUGCGACGACAACCACGGCGACGAAGAUUAUUACAGUGCGGCUGCUUCGCCGGACAAGAACGACAUCCAGUCGUACAUCAAGCUCGCUCUGCUCGACGGGGGUGACGAGGAGGAUGACGACGACUCCGCCUCCAUGGGUUGCGCCGUCGACUUCAUCGCCGGCAACAUGUCGCUGGAGGAGUACAUGAAGGGGAGGUGGAGCCGGUCGUCCAGCUUGACUGAAGACGGAGGCUCCAACCAUGGCGGGAGUGCACGGAUUUUCGUGUAGAUCAUCAGGAAUUCUUUUGAUUCUUUCGUUUAUGUGUAUAUAUGUUGAGUUGAGUUUUCUCUUUCUAGUUAGUUAGUAGGGUGGUUGUACAGUUUUCAUGUUUCAUCUAGCUAGUCAUUCAUGGAUUUGUUACAACAUCUGUACCAUUCUCCUCCAAGGACCAAAGGAGAAAAUUGUAUACAUUCCAGUUUGAAGUUUCUAUGAUACUGG